AUGACGACCAGUAGCAGUACUACGGUGACUGAUAUGACAACGUCAAGUCCGGUGAUAACAACUAGCAGUGUACCCGUCACGACAUCCAUGACGAGCGAUAGUACGACGACAAGUGAAAGUGCGACCACGAGUGAAAGCCUCAUGUCAGCCACUGAAUCCUCCCAGAGCGCGACCGCGAGCACUACUGCUAGCAGCAGCAGCGCAAUACCACCCGGCCCCACGAAUUUCUGUCUCAGAAUAGCAUCCGAUUCCCCUAUAUACCCCGGCUACAUCGUCUCCACGAACGGGCCGCAGUCGGAUAUGCCACUCAAGGACCCAUCCGACACCACAGCCCAGGAAGCGCGCUUCGAAUUAGAUUCCAGCACCGGCCGGCUGACGCUCACAGACGACACGAUAGCGGCCGUCAUGGCGCCCUUUGACGAUCCCCAGUUCUUGGCGCCCUACUACGACACCGACAUCGCCGACUCGCCGGGAAACUAUGCCCAGCUGACGUGCUCGACCGCGGACGGGACGUACGACCAAGGCACGGUGCUGGAUUGUUUGGCCGAUCCCGCGGUCCAUGCGUACCCGCGGUUCAGCAUGAUAGACAACGGCGGUUAUUAUACGUAUCUGGCCAUGUCUACUGGCGAUAAUGGCGAUGUCACCGUUUUCGACCUGGCUAUAUUCUACGACCCAGACUGUGGCACCUACGGAGACCUAGGGUAG